AGACGGGCGCGCGUCCCCGCGGGGCCCCGGCCUCCCGGCCUCUCGUCACUCUCUGCCCUUCCCCCGCGCGGGGGGGGUGCUGCCCCGUCCUGUGGGGGCGGUCGUUUCCCCAAACGGAAGGGGAAGCUCAGCGGGAGGCGGGAGCGCGGCCACCUGCUGGAGCCCGGGCUUGCGCACCUGCGGCGCUCGCUCCCGCCGGCCUCGGGCCGCGGAAGGGCGGGAGCCUCCGGGGAUAGAGAGCAGCGUGUGCCCUGACGGCCCGCCUGGUAGGCGCAGCCCGCACGUCUGCACACGCGCGCCUGGGAGCGGCUCCGGCGGGUUCCAGUGCCACUGAAGAGACCCAUCCAUGGAAGGCAAACCCUUGCUGGUGUCCAGACAGAAGACGGAAGUGGUAUGUGGGGUCCCCACGCAGGUGGUCUGCACAGCCUUCAGCAGUCACAUCCUGGUGGUGGUGACCCAGUUCGGGAAGAUGGGUACCCUGGUCUCCCUGGAGCCCAGCCCCGUGGCCAGUGACAUCAGCAAGCCCGUGCUCACCACGAAAGUCCUUCUUGGGCAGGACGAGCCUCUCAUCCAUGUCUUAGCAAAGAACCUGGUGACGUUUGUGUCUCAGGAAGCUGGAAACAGAGCGGUCCUCCUGGCCAUGGCUGUGAAGGACAGGAGCGUGGAGGGGCUGAAGGCCUUGAAGGAGGUGAUCCAGUCCUGCCAGGUGUGGUGACCCUGGAGCUGCAGACACGCCUGCUACUCAGCGGGCUGAGGGGACGUGCGACACCCUC